CAGAAGUAGUCCUUCCUUAUCGUCAGAACCAUGCUCAUAGACGUUUAUAUGCCACAGAUAGUAGCUGUUCUAUUUGGAUAAAAAGUCCGUAUAGUGGUACAAUACCAUAGUUGGAUUAGAAGAUAUACUUAUUUCUUAUCAAAAGGAACACUCAGAGGUUAAUACAAGUGCUUUAAUACAAGUUUAGUACAAGCUUAAGUGAUUAAUCGGUGUUUGUGCGCAUGUGUGCCGAGUUGUCCAGAUCCAUUGAGGUGGUUUUUACUAUUUGGGAAAAUUAUGCCCUGUGGUAAAAAUCACAAUGGCCGUGUCUAAGCUAAUCGGUUCCCGAGUGGAUCAGUUAGACGCUUUCGAACUUGACGAUCAGCUUUUUACUAUUCUCAAAAAUCAACUAACUGGUGCUUUCAAAUACUUCGAACGCAGCCAAUUUCUAGCGCUUUGGUCGCUCGAGGUAGAUGCUAUAAUAAAGGCCUCUCUAUUUAGUGUGCUUUUGCUACAGAACCAGCCUGCGACAGUUGGCCAGUCGCUUCUGGAUUUGUCCAUGCUUGAUAGAAGUGGGAAGCCUCUAAUGAAAUGGAAACUGUGGUCGAUGCUUUUAUUACUUGCAGGAACCCAGUGGUUCCGGGAGCGGUUUCUAAUUAGUAUUCUGAAUAUUGUCAUUCGUGACCAGAUUCGUGCGGAGCGCUGUGCAACAGUAAUAGACGGAAUAAUCCGUUUAGCCGGCGUCGCCAAUUUCUACGCGUUCAUCACACAAAACCAUUACCCAAGCCUGCUUUAUCGGCUGUUCGGUAUCAAGCUGUAUCAUUCGAGACCUCCGAGCAUGCGUCAACCAGACUAUGAGACCCUAUCGCGGGAACUUCUCUGGACGAGUUUUGCGGAGUUUCUAGCAUUUCUACUGCCCAUAAUUAGUUCGAGCGGAAGUCGAUCCUUCUUCCGAAACGCUCUUCGUAAACUCUACGGCAAGCGGGAACAAUCAAGAGCUAGCCUCAUACAGGAACGCAGUCUUGCCGACUACAAAACGUGCGGCAUCUGCUCAAAAUUACCGACACAACCACACGAGAUUGGCUGUCGGCACGUUUAUUGUUACUAUUGUGUGGCAAGCAACGUUCUAAGCGACGAGAAAUUCGAAUGUCCUCAGUGUGGCUUCGAAGCGCAGGGAAUUCGUAACGUGAGGCCAGCCACAUUGCUAUAAUCAUCAGAUGCUGUUGGAUUGAAGAGGUUCUAUGAAUGAUAAUGUACAGUAGACGGAUUCAAGGAUAAGCGUGUUAAAGUAAGCUUGUUUGACACAUCGGGCGCCUUGCAAUAUAUGGCCAUAUUGACUCUAGAUAACAAGAGUCCAAAAGCUGGGAAGUGAAGUUUGGCAAGUGGUAUCCAGGACAGUAAAUUUUAUACAAGUCUUUAUAAGGUUUUAUUGAACAUAAGUUUUUGGUAAAAAAGGUAACUUAGUAGACUAGAGCCGCCACCGAACUAAAGCAUACUGCCUUAGAGCUGCAAAUUAAUCAUCGAAUCAAUUUUACCAAAAAUCAAUUACACUUCCCGUUAGUAGCCCUAUUAUGGCAUAACAUUAUUGUAUAAUAGUUGCGAUUUACAAAUACAAUUUAAUUAAAUGAAAUCCUUGUUUGUUCAGUUUCAAUUUCAAUUUACUUGCAUCUUUGCCAAAGAAGUAAGGAAUAAGUAUUAUUUUUUUUAUUUGGGUGCGUCUACAGGAAACACAAUGAUUUAAUAAGUAUAUUUUGUUAUUCAGCUUAGUGUCUUUUUCAAGUCGUAUUUGAAAGAAGCUUUUGAUUGUCCAUCUAGUUAAGUUAAGCAUCAUAACCCUGUGCAGACCGUGCAACCUAAAAUUAGCAUACAAGGUGCAUGUUUCCUCGGAUAAAUUCGAAGUCUGACUAGAGAAACUGUCCUUGGCAGUAAUACAAACUACACUUAUAACAUUUUCAUUACAGUUAGCUCCAUUCUAUCUCCAGAAAGACAUGCAAAAUAGAUUGGAAAAAUAAACAAUGGACGUAUUUAUUUGUAUUUCGCUACAAGCCAAUUAUUGUGUCAAGGAGUAACAGAGCACUUAUUUCUUUAGCACUUUAUUUCUCAAUAAUCUCCGAUUUUUCCUCCAAAACUCGGUUCUGCGUCUAUAGCCCACGAGUCUCGUGUAAUAAUGGGAAUGGAAAGUUAAAAUUGAGCUGAGAAUGACAUUGCUGCCAACAACUGAGCAUAAGAAGAAUUAUUCUCAGCUGACUCUACCAGUGUGUUUUUGAAUUCAUUUGCAAAGAAAUAGUUUGUCUUGUACAUAGAACGUGCGUUAUACCGUUAAUAGCACGAUGCUCAGUAGCUACAGACGUAUCAGGAUAAAGAAAAUACAAGCAAGAAGAAGCGGAUAUUUUCCACCAGAAACAAGCAUGACUAGCUUGUUGUCAAUGAAAAUAAAGCUAACAACAGUGUAAUUCCUGAAAAUUGCCGAGUCUUAUUUCUGCCAAUGUUGACGAUUUUUACUCAAAUCGCACAUGACGGAUUAGUAAUAAGGGUUAGUGAAAAAAAAAAAAAGAUUUUUCAAUUACGUUUUUUCCUGCCAAUUUAAAAAUAUACAAGUGUUAUAGAGUCGGCUACGCGCUACUGAAUAAAGAUAGGGAAAGCAGGACCAAUUAGUGAAGCGUCAUCCAUAAGUUCUUUAGUCGUAACGCAUCUAAUGAUUUCCCACACUACAUAGUAAGAUUUAGCAGAGCAUCGUUCGAAGCUGCCGACACUUCGACAAAAUAGUCCACAGAACCUGUGACACGAUUGGUUUAAAAUUAACAGCGUGAUGUUCGGAGGACAGUGUAAUGCUAAUAGUGCUUACUGUUCGGGUGUGUUACGGUAUUACCUUUUCGGAUAGGGUCACUUUUUUCAAAAGCGUUGCGAUUUU